ACCCUGCUCUUCAGUAGAUUUAAAUACACCUUGCAGGUUGUUUAUCUGUUUGAAAAACGUGGUUAACUUGCUUUUUAAUUCUUUCUUAAACAAGAAGCUAGAAAACGUUCCAGUGAUGGCUCUUUCGCAAGCCCUGCUACAAGCCCUAAAUAACGACGAAGAGCCCCUUGGAAAACGGCUCAGAAUAGCUGAAAAUGCUCUUAAAUCGCCAGAGUUUGUCGUUCAGCAUAAAGAGGCUUUACUUUUAAAGUGGAUCGUCAGUGUUUCCUCCAAAGAACAUUCUAUCGAAAAUGGGGCUCUUUGGGACCAUAUCAUCACCUGGCUUGCAUCAGGCGAAUUUAUGGAUCUUACGCAAAACUGUAUUACGAAUGACGAUAUGUUUAGCAUUAUGCAGGUUUUUCAAAACGCCCUUCUAGAUAAAAAUGUCUCACAAAUAUCGAUACAGAAUGUCGAUCACAAAGAGAAAAUCCUGAAAUCUGUGCAACUUUUGUGCAGCAAAAAAGUUUUCCAGCAAUAUUUCAAGUACAACUUAGAGAUGUACUGUCGACUGCUGGCUUGUUCUCUAGAAAACCUCAAUACCGAAUCCAGCUUUCUAGAGUUCUUUGAAACGCCGUUUUUAUUCUGCAAGCACUUAGUUGAUAUAGACGGGUUUUCCAAGCAAUUUUUAACCACGUUGUAUGAUGCUUUUGUGGGCAAAGUGUUGCAAUUCCACGGCAACUCACACGUUUUCCUUGAGACUGUGAAAAUCAUUGAAAGGUGCUUGCUGUAUGGACAUUUUAACGAGUUCCAGUCGUUUUUCGACCGAAUUUUCGACGAUGAAAACACAGCAAAUGGAACAGAGCACAACCUAACGCCCCUGCCUAAAUCUGUAUUUAAACACUUAGUGUCGGGGUUUAGAGCAAAUGACUCUCCUACCGCAACCAGUUUUAAGCUGUUUUUUUCCGCGUUCUGUUCCACUAGCAAAGACUCACAAUACUCCUUCAAGUGCUUCAUUUUGUUGGUACAUUUACUGAAGUUUGAUGUAUCUGCGGACUUUCGAAUUAAGACACCUUUUAAGCGGACACUUUCCAUACAGCUCAGCAAAUCAUUGCAAGUUUUGCUUGAACUUUUAGAUGCACUGAGUGCGAGGAAUUUUGACGAUAGUGUGGUGGCCAAGCUGUCCCAAACGGAGUUUCUAAGAAAAAUGUUGAAAUCGCUUAUGGCCCUAAACAUCUUGAAUUCUACGGUCUUUGAAAUAAUCAUAAAAUGCAUUUCAAUCAAUCCGCUGUUGAUUGAGCCGCUGAUCAGCAGCCUUGCGGUCUUCGUUAUGCUGAGAAACCACCACAAGUGUGAGGCGCUUUAUGAAAAAGUCGUUAUUGCAAUAUUUGAGGUGUUUGCAAAGUUGCACAGAGUGGAAAACUUAGUUUCCAAACUAAUUCCGGCCCUAAAAUGGGCUUUUAUUUCCAACGCUGCCCCGGACGUAACGCAGGUAUUUGAGUUUAACGGAGAACGCGAUGUAGCGACUUCGCCCCGAGAAAUUUUGCCUGUUGGGGACGUUUUCACUGAAAACAUUCUGGCCUAUUUUACGAGCUGCCUGAUUCAAUUAGCCAGUUGGCAAGUCAUCAAUGUGUUCAAGACGAUGCUGCACCAUUUGAAGAACACCGUUGAAGAAUUUUCACGUGGAGAUUUUGACGAUAAAGACUCAAAUGGCUUUGUCUUCUUGGAGUUAUUAGGCUCUCUAACCACCUGCCUACUGCAGAGCAUCCGUAUAGCAGAUCACGCAAUUCCUCAAAACGUCGUCACUAAAUUUGUGAGCGGUUUAGACGAACUGAGGUCCAUUUUAAAAUGCUUUGGAGCCUCACUCCUCCAAAGGGAACAUAAUCAGGUUACAAUGAGGACAUUUCUUAGUUUAGCCUACGUAUGGGCGGAAAUCUACGCUACCCUCGCCUAUUAUUCCAUUAACAAUGAGGUUCAAGUUCCUACUCAACCGGACAGAACUCAUUCAGCAACAGAUUUAACGUAUUUACAGUCAUACAUGGACGUGAAAGAAUGGCAGACGAUUGAGCAAAGAAUAUCUAAUUUCGGAAAAUACCCCUGCAAAACACUAUUGCAAAAGCUCUACAUUCAAAAAGCCAAGGCCAUGGUAGUCUUGGAGAAGAAGCCAAGCGAAGACGUUCUCAACAACAUCGCAACGAUCAUAACAGCCCAUCUGGACGACACAUGGGAAGAACUCGUAAAGGACAAAUUCGUAGUCAAUGCAAUUUUCCCCAAGAUGGACACCGUUUCUUUAACUCUUUUGGCAGAGCAUCUAAUGGAAAAUCAGAAGCUAUUUGCGGAAAACCACGUGAAAGACUCCAUUAAUUUAUGUAAUGCUAUGGCGUAUGUUGCAUUGUCGAAAAUCAACAAGCUUUUUACUAGGAAGCGAAAAAUGGACCUCGAAGGGGGCAAGCCUAUGAGCUCGAUGGUGUUUUCUCUUUUUGGAAACGAUGCGUUUUUCACCAGCAGCAAAACUUUCGAUAUGACAGGCAUUGUAGAAAGGGCGAAAAGUAUUUUUGAAACUCCAGAACACACUUGUUUGUCUGCUCUCAAAAGCAAGGAAACCCAGCUUAGGAUUAAUUUGGGCAUUCUGAAGAAGUUGCCUUUAAUUUACAGCGAAAGUCACAUACAAAAAUGUAUGCUGCUGUUUUUAAUGGCUUUGAACAGGGACAUCGAUGCCUGUUCGGAUACUGUAAAAACCGAGCUUGAGGACCUUAUUAUUGGAAUCGUACAGGCUUACAAGUGGCCUCUAAGCGAACUGUUCAAUCUUCACACUCUGGGCGCACAAGUUCUAAGCAAUUUCGCCAGAUAUUGCCUGUUGUUCUCUUUAGUAAUCGACAACGCUUUUAAAGACGAGAGCUCGAUAUCAAGUGCUGAACCCUUAAUAUCUUCAAUAGCAAAAAAAUUGGAAAAGCCCAAGCAUUUGAGCGCUUGUUUAGUGGUGUUGCAGGCUAUCAAUAAGGUGAAAAAGUCGAAACUCGACGCGGCAUUAAAGGAUGAGAUAAACAGAUACAAAGAAAAAAUCCUGAAAAAACUAUCAAAGUUGGUCUGCCAGUCUGAUUAUCUGGUGGAAGUGUACGCCAUUUGUCUGAAACACUACUUUUCAGCGGAAAAAGAGUCGGAAACUCUAAUUAGGCUAGUCGAAAAAUUGGAAUCAUACAUCGAAUAUGCACUGGCAAACAUAUGCGAAGAGAACAAGUAUGGAUGUCUGAUGCUUUUCAUUUUGCUGUUGCAAAACCGGACACAACUCGACUGUGUAAAAGACGACAUGGUUUUGAAAAUAUGGAACAGCUGUAAGCGGAUUAAUAUGGACCCGAACUUUGCGCAUUUGGUCAGCUUGGUUGUUAGCCAGAUACCAAUUCAGGAAUUCCAGGUGAUAAUGCAGGACUUGGGGGAUUCAACUGAAGAGGCGGUUAAAAGCCAGAGCAGCACGCAGUUGGUUCAACACCUGAAGACAUGGGAAUCUAUACUGGCUUGCGAUGUAAACGCUAUUAAAAUGAACAUUUAUCAAAGAGCACUGGAGAGGCUGAUUUCCCGGCUUUUGCCGUUGCUAAACAGCUCUGCGACUCAGGCGCCUUUAGAAAGCAUUAUUAAUUUGCUGCAGCGUGUUUUACAGACCCAACAUUUCAUUUUGUCGCCGCCUUUAGUGGAUAUGUUACUGAUGGCACCGAUGAUUCUAAUGAAAAACUGCGUAAAGGACUUCGAGGCCGCCUUCAACUUAUCCAUUUCCGUUCUGGAGAUGUUUUUGAAAGCCAGAAAUGCCAUAGUAAUGGCCCGACUUCCCGUAUACCUGCAGCAGUACAGAGGGCUGUUGAAAGCCAUUACAAACAGAAGCAACUCAGAUAAGAGUAGCGCGGAUAAAAUCGAGGUGAAAACCGCCUCAGACUGUGUGCAUCGAUUUGAGAAACUCACCAAAAGUCUGGUGGCUUGCAAACGGGACAUGGGACGAACCGCUGUGUUUUUGAUUGCAGACAUUCUCGAGCAAUACGAGCGCAUUAAUCUGUAUCCCGAGGUGAAGCUUCAUUUGAACAACUGCGUAUACAGCUUGAUAUCCCUGUGCGAUCAUCACGCCAUUUCCUACCUGAUGCGGGUGCUAUCGAACGCGUCCACGGAAAUGUUUAAAAUUAUGUACGACCAUUAUAAGAAAUAUUAUAAGUUUACUGGCAAAGUGUGAAUAGGCAAUUUUUUAAUAGAAUUUUUGCAACA